AUGGAGGCAACACUGUUCUGUUUCUUGGAUUUUGUUUCAUUGAGGUUUUGUAAUGAUGGGUUGGUUUUUUUGGUUUGCGAGAAGGGUUUCUUGGAUGAUCAGUUUACACAGCUUCAGAAACUCCAAGAUGAUAGCAACCCAGAGUUUGUGGUUGAAGUUGUGUCUCUCUUCUUUGAAGAUUCUCAGAGGCUUCUCAACAAUUUGGCCUCUGCUCUACAACAACAGAUUGUAGAUUACAAACAGGUCGAUGCCCAUGUCCACCAGUUCAAGGGUAGUAGUUCUAGCAUAGGUGCACAGAGAGUCAAAAAUGUGUGUGUUGGCUUCAGAAACUGCUGUGAGGAGAAAAAUCUUGAUGGGUGUGUGAGAUUUCUGCAACUAUUGGAACAUGAAUACACUCUUGUGAAGAGCAAGCUUGAAACUCUCUUCGGGCUGGAGCAAAAAAUCUUGGCAGCUGGUGGGUCGGUUCCGAUGAUGGCAUAAGUAGAACUUAUUUCAUCUCCAAACGGUGGUUGG